CAUUGGCAGGAAGUCAGCAACAAGUCCACCGACUCGAUCAUCAAGUCGAUUGCCACGCACAUGCUUGGAUGGAUGCACUAUCUCGGCCGAGGAACCAUGCGCGACGAACAGAAGGGUGUCAAGAUCAUCCGCGAGAACAAGUCAGAUGAGUUCCUCCUUGGAGAGGGCGAGUGCCUGGUUGCUUGGUCGCUCACCUCCUCGGACUCGCCCGCAGCCCAGAUGUUCUUUGAUUUGUGCCGGCUGGGAUCGGACCGAGACUGGCUGUGCAAGCAUCUUGCGGCCAUGUGUCUGAUCCAUGGAUUCGGAACCAUCCAAGACCAGACCAAAGCAGCGGGGAUCUUCGAGUCGCUCGCUCGCGAAGGACACAGUCAUAGCCAGAAUUGGCUGGGUUGGUGCUGCUGGCGGGGAUGGGGAGUGCCUGAAAACUAUCCAAGUGCAUUCGAAUGGUUCACCAAGUCGGCCAACCAAGGCAACUCGUAUGGGUAUCUGGGAGUUGGCUGGUGCUGCUACUACGGAACGGGGGUCGCCGAGGACAAACCCCAGGCAGUCGAGUGGUAUCGCAAGUCGGCCGAACGAGGCAAUCGGUACGGACAAUGUUGGCUCGGCGACCGCUACCAAUAUGGCCAAGGUGUUGCCAAGGAUAUCGUCACCGCCAUCCUUUGGUAUCGCAAGUCGGCGGACCAGGGCGACGAGCUGGCCAUCAACGAACUCAAGAAGCUCGGCAGAUGGCCUUGAUCGACCAAGUUUGCGGCGAUCUGGCGUUACAUAUGCAAGCAGACCGGGAAGGCAAGCAAGCUGGCCAUCAACACCCCAUUCCGAGCGAUACUGAGCUUGGCAGUCGAUACCCCCAAUACAGUGUGAUAUCGAUGUGAUAUCGGUUGCUG